AAGAGAGAAAGAGAGAGAGAGAGAGAGAGAGAGAGAGAAAGCAAUGGAGCUUGGACUGAGCUUGGGGUUUGGAGGGUGUUCGAGUGCUCCACCGGUGCAGCUUGAGCUGCUACCAAUGGAGCCAGUGCUUAGGGAUCAGUGUUCUUCUCAGCUUGCUCUUCAAUGGCUUCCAAACAACAGCAGAAAUCUAGAGAUUUUAACGACAAGAGGGUUCGACGUGAACCGCACGCCGGCGACGGAGACGGAGAGUGAAACGGCGCUAGCACCGGCAUCACCGAACAACAGCGCAGGGUCUUCACAUCAACUUGAGAGAGAUGAAGACGAGAACUCACUUUCCAGGAAAAAACUCAGGCUUUCUAAAGAACAAUCUGCCUUCCUUGAAGAAAGCUUCAAAGAACACAACACUCUCAAUCCAAAACAAAAGCUAGCUUUGGCUAAACACUUGAAUCUCAGACCCAGACAAGUUGAAGUUUGGUUCCAGAAUAGAAGAGCAAGAACAAAGUUGAAGCAAACUGAAGUGGAUUGUGAGUACUUGAAGAGAUGUUGUGAGACAUUGACAGAAGAGAACAGAAGGCUUCAUAAAGAGCUGGCGGAGCUCCGGGCACUGAAGGCCACGGCAGCACAUCCUCUUCUUGCCCACCUUCCGGCGACCACCCUUUCGAUGUGUCCGUCAUGCGAGCGUGUCUCAUCGUCGUCUACGACUUCCGGCGCCGGCGUGAAGCCGUCCACUCCGCCAUUUUCUCAUCUCUCAAAGGCUCGGUUCUUCCCUUUUGCUGCUCACCCUUCUGCUGCUUCUUAGUCUUGAUAGUGGUGAUCUUUCAGGGACUAUGUGUGAAUAUUGUUUUUUUUAGGGGGUUAUUUGCAGUUUGUAUUUGAAAUAUAUAUAUAUAUAUAUUUGUUUGGGUGUUAGCAGCGGGGAAAGUAGAAAUA